AUGGCGGCCAUGCCCACGGACAGCAUGACCCGCCGCUUCGCCGUCGCGUGCGGCGUGCUCAGUCAGUACGUCAGGAACGGCAGCGGUGGCGCGCCCGCGACGAUGCCGCCGCCGCCGUUCCUGAAGCAGGCGCCGGCGGCCGGACCCGCCGCCGCGCAGGAGACGAUAGUCGCCGCCGCCAGCGCGCCGCAGCAGCUGACCAUCUUCUACGGCGGCAGGGUGGUGGUGCUCGACGCCUGCCCGCCCGAGAAGGCGGCCGAGCUGAUCCACCUCGCCGCCGCGGCCGCGCAGGGGGGCCCGCAGCCGCCGGAGCAGGCGCUGGUGGACAUGCCCAUCGCCAGGAAGGCCUCGCUGCGGCGCUUCCUCGCCAAGCGCAAGGACAGGUCCUCCUCCUCCGCCUCCCCGGCGCCCCACGACGACCGCCAGGACGACGAGCCGCCCGCGCCCAAGAAGGGCAAGAUGGCGGCGGCGGCGACGCGCGAGGAGCCUUCUUCCUCUUCUUGGCUCGCGCUGGGCAGCCUGUGCUCCAUGCACAGCCGUUGA